UUCUAUGUUUUGUUUAUUUCAGAUCUUCCCUUAUAAAUAUAUUAUAUUCCUAUUCUUUGUUUGUCUAAAACAGCUUUGUUAUCUGAAACAAAGCUGUUCUUAUUUCCCAAGUUUGUGAUACUGAAAAAAUCUCAAGAUGUUGAACAAAAUUUGGUCAGUGUUGUGUGUGAUUGUUGGGAUAGCUCAUGUUGGGAUUGCACUUCUGAUCAACUCUGAUAUCCCUGGGAGCCUUGAAAAAUACCAGUGUGAUGGAAUUGACACGGCGUCGAGCAAAGUUGUAGUGGAUGUCAAGUGUCCAGAUACAGAUUCCUUGUUUGUUGGGGAGCAACAAAUUGAAGGCUGCAAGAUGAGAGCUGGGGAUGUGCUGGUCAUCAAUCUCAGACUAACGCCAUCUGAAAGUUUCGAGGUCUUGAAUCAGGCAGCAACUACGAAAUUAGGCACUAGGCCAGUGGGUUUGGCCGGGGGGCUCCCAAAGGUGGCAUGUUCUGGCACACCGGACGCACCCUGCGCUUCACCUGGCAUCCCUUUCGAGCACACCGCUCGACUCGAGCUUCCUCCUCUCAUCCCAAUUCAUCUGAAAGGGAAUUUGGCAAGAUAUUUCUUGAAGGACAACACAACCGGGCGGUACUUGUUCUGCAUGGAUUUGCCAGUUUUCAUUCCUGCAAGUGUCGCAAAACGGAUCAAGAAAGCUUAAUUUUGAGUUGUCCUCGUACAGAACCUCAUAUUGGCCAGCAGGGAAGAAUAUGGUAACUUAAAUUCUCGUUAUGCGACUUAUUCCACCAUUCGCGAGUUUUUGGGGAAAGCAGGCAUUGAAAACACGAAAUUUUACGCAUUUGUUUGUUUGGGAACGUCAGGAAAUGCAAAGCAAAGAAUUUUUAUUUUGUGAGAAAAGA